UCAGGCUCAGCGGCUUGCCUGGUGCUGUGAUGCUGGAAAGUCUCAGCUGAGCCCCGAUGGUGUGAGAGAGAAGGGGGAAGCCCGGCAGAUUCGAUUGCAAUUGGGGCACAAUCCAGUUUUUCCUCUUCAAUCUUCAUUCAUCCUUCUCUUCCUCCUCCUCCUUCUUCCCCUGACCACAUCUCCCCGCCCCAAACUAUAUUGCACACCCCAGGAGAUCAAGGCUGGUGGAUUUAUCAACAUUCAACCACCCCUCCCUGCCCCCCGCCCCCGAUUUCCCGAUGUACUUCCCCACUCACCCUGACAGCUGCAAAAGAGAGCAGAGGUUUUUUAGCAAGCGAGGCAAGUUGGACUGACAUGCAAAGGAGGACCCCGCGCCCCUCCCCAGUCAGUGAUUACCCACCAGAUGCAAUGAGCUCUGUUUAAGAACCGGCAGGAUCUGUACUGGGGAGCAACCAGCCCCCCCCGGAAGUCAGACAGGCAACCAGGAGGGAUACUUGGCAUUUUCGGAAGACUGUUGCACCUACACAGUGGAAGUCAAAUUUUGUGUAUGGCGUGGUUAAGGUUGCAGCCUCUCACCUCAGCCUUCCUCCAUUUUCGGCUGGUUACCUUUGUGCUGUUUUUGCAUGGUUUGCAGGUGGAUGCUGGCAUAACGGGAGAGUCUCUAAGUACAGCACAAAACAGCUCGUGCUCAGGAUCUUACGAUUGCAAAGAGGGUGUUAUCUUGCCAAUAUGGUAUCCAGAAAACCCGUCCCUUGGAGACAAAAUUGCCAGGGUUAUUGUUUAUUUUGUGGCACUUAUCUACAUGUUCCUCGGAGUCUCCAUCAUUGCAGAUCGUUUCAUGGCAUCGAUAGAGAUCAUUACAUCACAAGAAAAAGAGAUUACAAUGAAGAAACCAAAUGGGGAGACCACCACGACUACCAUUCGGGUUUGGAAUGAAACUGUUUCCAACUUGACCCUGAUGGCUCUAGGUUCUUCUGCUCCUGAGAUUCUUCUGUCAUUGAUAGAGGUAUGUGGCCAUGGAUUCAUAGCCGGAGACCUGGGGCCCUCUACCAUUGUUGGCAGUGCGGCUUUCAACAUGUUUAUCAUCAUAGCCAUCUGCGUUUAUGUGAUCCCAGAUGGGGAAACCAGAAAGAUAAAACACCUGAGGGUGUUCUUUGUCACAUCUGCAUGGAGCAUCUUUGCUUAUAUCUGGUUGUACAUGAUCCUUGCCGUCUUCUCUCCAGGCGUGGUGCAGGUCUGGGAAGGCUUGCUCACUCUGUUCUUCUUCCCUCUUUGUGUCCUCCUGGCUUGGGUGGCAGAUAGAAGGCUGCUCUUCUAUAAGUACAUGCACAAAAAGUAUCGUACUGAUAAGAACAGAGGCAUUAUCAUUGAGACAGAAGGUGAACACCCUAAGGGAAUAGAAAUGGAUGGCAAGAUGAUGAACUCCCACUUUCCAGAUGGAAAUUUAGUAACUAUGGAUGGGAAAGAGGUGGAUGAAUCUCGCAAAGAAAUGAUCCGGAUCCUCAAGGAUCUGAAGCAAAAGCACCCAGAAAAGGACUUGGAUCAGCUGGUAGAGAUGGCCAACUACUAUGCUUUAUCUCACCAGCAAAAGAGCAGAGCCUUUUACCGCAUCCAAGCUACCAGAAUGAUGACUGGAGCUGGCAACAUUCUGAAAAAGCAUGCGGCCGAACAAGCCAAGAAAAGCACCAGCUUGCAUGAGGUGCAGGCAGAUGAACCUGAGGAAUUCAUCUCCAAAGUUUAUUUCGAUCCUUGCUCCUACCAAUGUCUUGAGAACUGUGGCGCUGUCCUCCUGACGGUGGUGCGGAAAGGGGGCGACAUGUCCAAGACCCUCUAUGUGGACUACAAAACGGAGGAUGGCUCUGCCAAUGCUGGUGCUGACUACGAGUUCACAGAGGGAACUGUGGUCUUGAAGUCAGGGGAGACCCAGAAGGAGUUCUCUGUGGGGAUCAUCGAUGAUGACAUCUUUGAGGAAGAUGAGCAUUUCUUCGUGCGGCUUAGUAACCUCCGUGUGGUUGAAACUGAAGAACCUGCCGAGCUCAACAAUUUGCCAUACCCAAAGGCCAUACUGACUUCUCCUUGCGUGGCCACAGUGACUAUCUUGGAUGAUGACCAUGCAGGCAUCUUCACAUUUGAGUGUGAUGUGAUGCAUGUCAGUGAGAGCAUUGGUGUGAUGGAAGUCAAAGUCCUUAGGACAUCAGGUGCUCGAGGUACAGUCAUAGUCCCAUUUAGGACAGUAGAAGGGACAGCAAAAGGAGGUGGAGAGGAUUUUGAAGAUGCUUAUGGGGAGCUGGAGUUCAAGAAUGAUGAAACGGUGUAA